AUGGCCCGACUUUUCGCGACAGGAGAAAAAGUAUUUGCAAAAUUGCGAGGUUACCCUGCGUGGCCCGCUCGAGUCGAGGGCCUAGCAGACUCCAGCCCUAACAACAUGAAAUAUCAUGUUUUAUUUUAUGGAACAAUGCAAAGGGGCAUUUGUAAAAAUCAAGAAUUAUUCCCGUAUUUGGAGCACAAGGACAAAUUCGGGAAGUUGUCAAGAGCUAAAGGUUUUAAAGAAGCAUUAGAUCAAAUUGAAGGACUUGCCCCAGUACCAGAAUUGGUUCCCAAAAUUGUGGAUGAGAAGUACAGGAAUGGCUUUAAUAAUCAAACAAGCAAAACACUUCUAAACGAGAGUCAUACAAGCAACAAUAUAGAUGCUUCUACCUCUAAAAGAAAUAAAAUUUCAAAAAAGAAAGAGAAUAAAAAAGCAGAUAUUCAAUCAUGUGCAGUAAAUAAUAGUAAUGAAGUUCAAAAUUAUUCAUCUAAACCUCCAAAAAAACGUAUAAAACAAAAUAUAAGGAAAUCAUCAAACCAGAAGCAAAAUUUUGAAACUAAUAAUAGUGUCUUUCCACCGAAUACAGAUAAUAAUGACAGGAGUGCAAAUGGUCUUGAAAUGCAAAGUGACAGUCGAGAACUUCCAUUGAAAACCAAACAGAAACAGCAAAAGAAUGCAGCAAGUUGUAAAGAGAUCAAGUUAUCUUCCAAUCUGAAUUGCUCACAGAAAGGCCAUAAGCUUAACAAGCGUAGUGAUAUUUCUUCUGAGCCAGGUAGCAGCACUCAAGAUUCUGAUGAGCGGUUGCAAUUAUCUUUGCCAAGUAGAUCUGUUAGUCGAUCUGGUCGUGUUAUCAAGAGAAAAGCGUUUCAUGAUGAGACUCAAGAUGUAAUUCCAAAGAGGAAGAAGGUUCAGGGCUCAAAAGAAAAUGUAUGUAGCCCAUCGAGUCAACAAAAUCAGAAACGUAGAAUACAGAGUUGUCAUGGUCAGAAUAUCCAGAGUCUAUCCAGUCCACUAUUACAAAAAUUACCAUUUUCAGGAGUCUGUCUCGAAAUGCCAAAACAGAAGAAACAAACAGCACGACGCUGGUUAGCAACAGAAAAUUGUAUGACUAGAUUGGACUCUCUUAUCCGAGCCCAACUUGGCAUGACCCGAGCAAAUCCUGAGCAGUGCAUUAAUUUCCUAGAAGACAUGGCUGAACUUGAUCUAAAGCCUUUAAUGCUCAAGAAGCAUCCAGAAGUAGUGGAAACAAUGAAGAGGCUGCGAAGGUAUGUAGGAAAUGCAGGAGCUUGGAAUUUUACAGAAGAACAGAAGAAGGCUUUUGAAGAACUAGCUCUGCAAAUCAGGCUAAAAGCAGAACACAUAUUUCAAAAAUUUAAAGUCAUGUUUUCAGUUCCUGAGAAUUGCUCAUUCUUAGAAGUAUUUGCAGAUAGCGUUGUUGAAUUCCAAACAACAACACAACAUUGGCCCUUGGCAAAAAUUUAUGCCCUUGUGGCAGAGCCCAAAAUAAAAGUUACAAAGCGCUCGAAAUCUUCCAAUCUAUCAAAAUUGUCCAAAUCACCUAAGCAGUCCAAAUCGCUUCAACAAAAAUCAUCCAAAAUUCAGGCCAAGAGUAGAAAACAACCUACAAAGUCCAAGGGACGCACCACCAAAAACACUAAGAGCACAAAGACAGUAACAAAGUAG